AUGGCGGCGGACGCGGCAGCUCCGGCUGCCGGGCGGCGAGUCCAGCCUGGGUCGCGGCCGCUCCGCCUCCUCCUCUCCCUCCUGCUGCUGGUCUCCCAGGGCUCCUGUGAGUUCGGCAUGGUCCACGUCUUCUCGGAGAAGGAGAGCGGCCCAGGCAAGGACUACUGCAUCCUCUUCAACUCCCAGUGGGCCCACCUGCCCCACGACCUGGGCAAGGCGUCCCUCCUGCAGCUGCAGGACCAGACGGUGUCGGUGCUGUGCGCUCCGUCCGACGUGCCCGACGGCGGCUUCAGCAACACCAUCCCCAUGGUGAUGCGGGGCAACUGCACCUUCUACGAGAAAGUGCGGCUGGCGCAGAUCAACGGGGCCCGGGGCCUGCUCAUCGUCAGCCGGGACCGGCUGGUGCCCCCCGCCGGGAACCGGAGUCAGUACGAAGAGAUUGACAUCCCGGUGGCCCUGCUGAGCUACACGGACAUGCUGGACAUUGGCCGGAGCUUCGGCCACUCGGUCAAGGUGGCCAUGUACGCCCCCAACGAACCCGUCCUGGACUACAACAUGGUGAUCAUCUUUGUGAUGGCGGUGGGCACGGUGGCUGUCGGCGGGUACUGGGCUGGAAGCAGAGACGUGAAGAAGCGGUACAUGAAGCACAAGCGGGACGACGGGGCGGAGAAGCAGGAGGACGAGACGGUGGACGUGACUCCCAUCAUGAUCGGCGUCUUCGUGGUCAUGUGCUGCUCCAUGCUGGUCCUCCUCUACUACUUCUACGAUCAGCUCGUGUACGCCAUCAUCGGGAUCUUCUGCCUGGCGGCCUCCAUCGGCCUCUACAGCUGCCUCUCCCCGUUUGUCCGGAGGUUCCCUGUGGGGAAAUGCAGGGUUCCGGAUAACAACCUGCCCUACUUCCACAAGCGCCCGCAGGUCCGGAUGCUGCUGCUGGCCGCCUUCUGCGUCGCCGUCAGCCUGGUGUGGGGCGUCUUCCGGAACGAGGACCAGUGGGCCUGGAUCCUGCAAGAUGCCCUGGGAAUCGCCUUCUGCCUUUACAUGCUGAAAACCAUCCGCUUGCCCACGUUCAAGGGCUGCACUCUGCUCCUGAUGGUCCUCUUUGUCUACGACGUCUUCUUCGUGUUCAUCACGCCGUACUUAACCAAGACAGGGGAGAGCAUCAUGGUGGAGGUGGCCGCCGGGCCCACGGAUUCCGCCACUCACGAAAAGCUGCCCAUGGUGCUGAAGGUGCCGCGGCUGAACUUCUCCCCGCUGGCGCUGUGCGACCGGCCCUUCUCACUCCUGGGGUUUGGGGACAUCUUGGUUCCAGGUCUCCUGGUCGCCUAUUGCCACCGGUUUGACAUUCAAGUCCAGUCGUCGCGCGUCUAUUUUGUCGCUUGCACUAUCGCCUACGGCAUCGGGCUCCUGGUGACCUUCGUGGCCUUGGCGCUGAUGCAGAAGGGGCAGCCGGCCCUGCUCUACCUGGUGCCCUGCACCCUGCUGACGAGCUUCGCGGUGGCCCUGUGGCGGAAGGAGCUGGCCAUGUUCUGGACGGGCAGCGGCUUUGCGAAAGACCUACCUCAUCCCCCCUUGGUGAUCUCCCCCGUCAGCUGCCCUGCGCCCCCGAAAGAGACGGGCUCCCUGCCACCCCCGCCGGAAGCCGACGACGGAGCAGCCAGCCCGGUUCUCCCCACCGAAGGGCCGCCCACCGCCCCCUUGAGCCCUGGGGAGCCGCCCGAGGGGGCCGCCCCGGAAACGGUAGAGGAGGCAGAAGAGGAGGGGGCAGAGGAGCAGACGGAGCCUGGCGAGUCACCGGCCGAAAAGCCAGCCCCCCCGUUGCCCCAUAUAGAAGACCCCGCCGCCCCUCAGGACCAUGGCCCAGGAAGCAAGAGCCCCCCGGCGGCAGGGCCGAGCCAGUCUGACUAGGAAGAGACCCCCACCCCCACCCCCUUUCGCUUCCCUCCCCUCCCCCCAUCACAGACCAACCCGAGGCAAAGCAAAGGACCCGUCCGUCCCCCGUCUGCCCCCCCCCCCCCCCGGCCUCCAGCACAGGAGCGCGUCUCAUAUCUGAUCAUCCCACACAAGGAAAACUCCGUGGCUGGACUCUGGAGACACGCAAGAUAACGGCAUUUCACACCGAAUCCUGCGUCCCGUCCCCCAACUGAAUAUGGUGCUUUCACGAGGCUUCCGGUAGAAGUCCGGCGGUCAGUUUAAAAGAGGAACGAGCGGACGGCUCCCCUUUUCCCUCUCUCAUGGCGCUGGGAUGGUAUUACGAUAACUCUUUUGUAAAAAAAAACAAAUGUAGACAGUAUUUUCCGCUUGCGCGGCUGUGGAAUCGCUUUUGCGUGGCCUCGGGCGGCGUGGUCAAACCACUUCUCCUCCCCCCCGCCUGCCCGCAGGCCUUUUUUGCUUUUCUGGGGUGGGGGGAGGGAGACGGUAUUCCUCCUCCUCCUCCCCCCUGGAAGGAAAAGGAUCCGUUCCGCCCUUCUGUCUCGUUUUCCCUUCCAUCCAACGGUUCAGAUACAAACAUAUCAAGAAGCAAGCAGGACGCUGGCAGGGGUGCGGUUCGUGCCGA